AUGGCUUUCGCCCUCCAUCCCCUCCUCUCGACAUACCCCGGCGCCUCCUUCUUCCCCAACGGGAACCUCAAUGGACCCCACCUCUCAAUCCAAUCAGGAGGUCCCUCCUCGGGAUAUUGGGGUCACGUACCGUGGAACCUACCCGAAUUCCCAGAAUGGGGUCUACCACCAGCUAUAAUUGCCGCUCAAGAAGGAAGAGGUACGGGUGUCUAUGGAUAUACGUUGGAGGGUGGAGGACAGGGGAUGAGGUUCAAUUAUGGGUGGCCCAAGUAUGGACCUAUGCCACUCAGACCUGAGUUGGGUGGAUUCGUCGGGAAAACCAAUCCAUUCGGUCGAAGUUUCCCACACGGAUUCUACAAGACUACUUAUUAG